AGGGAAAUAAGACAGACAUCAUAACCCACUAACUCUUUUCUUGUUAGGGUUGUCUAUCUCGUCAAAGGUCCUUCAUCUCUUUCUUAUCUGCUACAGACUUCAAGCCACUCAAAAUCCCAUUAUUUGAUGUCUAUCAUGAUUUGAAUACAGGCCCUAUUUUCACACUGGGUUCAAGGUUUAUUGCUUAUGCAACCAAUACAGCAGUAUUAAAUUCAGAUCCAGUCAUGACAUCAUUCACAAAUAAGUUGCAAGUCGACAAGGACGUUAAAGGGGCAGCUAAAGAUAUAGCCAAGGAAGUCAUGAGUGGAAUGAAAUCUUUGGGUGAGUUUAGCUACAAUAGACUAAGCAAUUAUUUUGGAAGCAAUAUCUCUCCUAUACCCAUUCUGCCGCAGCAACAAUCACAAUAUCAACAACAACAACAACAACAACAGUAUCCAACAUUACAACACCAACAGCCGCAGCAACAACAACAGCCCCAACAACAACAACAUGGGGAAUCUAACAAGGAUGUAAAAAAGACGACUCCAUCUGGAAUGAUUAUGAUUAGAGAUAUAAACAAGAUACCUAGUUUACCCACAAGGAAUUUAUCCAAUUCAGUAAUUGCCCACUUUAGACCGCACAUGCAUCCAAUUUCUUGUUUAACAUUCAAUCAGUCGGGCACACUCUUACUGUCAGCAUCAAAGCAAGGCCAUACGUUUCACGUCUUUUCGAUCUUGUCCAACACAACAGCAACAGGAAACGUAUCACACCUUUAUAAACUCUCUAGAGGCUUUACUGAUGCACAGGUUGAGGACUGUCAAUUCUCAAUUGAUUCCAAUUGGUGUGCGAUCAGUACAGCUAGAGGCACAACUCAUGUGUACGCAAUUAAUCCUUAUGGUGGGAAACCAGAGAUAUCAGGACAUGUACAUAGCAAGAUAAAUAAUAGCAUUAUUUAUCAUAAAAAGAUGAAACCAAAGCCCAUGACGACCUCAUUGAACUCGAUUGUACGUAUUAAGCAAAGAAGAAGAAUGCCAGAGGUCAAUCAAGAGGACUUUUGUAUAAAUAAUUAUUAUGGACCCACACCACCACGCUAUCAUCCUGCCUUGCCUCAGCAACUUCCAAUGCAGCCACAGCCGCAGCCCUGCUUGAACCGUCUACAGAAGGAAUCGCGACCUAAAUUAAUAACCUUAUUUGUAAAUUCAAGUAAAUUACCCUUUUUAAACAACGAGGACAAUCAUUCAACACAGCAUCAGCAACAGCAAACAUCCACAAAUAAUAUACUAAAGCAUAUACCAUACUAUUUACCUCAACAACCACAGAAUCAUCAUCAGCCACAGCAACCACAGCAACAUCAUCAACAACAAUCGGAUACACUCGUAUUUGGAUUUGAUGAAGAAUAUGAUGAUGCGGCCAAGAUGAUGAAUGAUGAGGUUGGAUACCAAGAUAUCUAUACGUUCCAUCCUGAUGGCGUGUUGACCUUAUUCCGCUGUUGGGUGACAAAAGUGGCAGUUAAGAAGAGAGAGAACGGUAGAAAUAUGGAAAAGCUAGACCUGUCUCUAAAGAAGGAAAGUGUCGCAGAAUGGAGGGUGGCCAGAAGUAACGAUUGGGAGCAAGUCAAGACAGUCAUACAUCAUAACGAGCCUAAACGAAAGGAUAAGGAGCUUGCAUGGUUGUCUAAUGCGGAAAUUAACACGUAUCCGAUCGACGAGCCUCCUAUCUGGACCCAUCGUCAAUUUGUCUUUCAAACUUAUAAUGAAACUACCGAUGUGCAAGUCUACUUUAAGACUGGCAUAAUACCACCUGUGGAUACCUUGAUCAUGCCCAAGGAGAUGCCUGAGCCGAUCUCAAGUCGUAUAGACAGAGUACGAAAGACAACAACAACAAUUACAGAAGAGAAUAUGGAACAUGCAUUGGCUGAGCUAGAGGAUAACCUAUCAAAGGCCAUGCUGACUUCCUUUUCUCCUUCCGAGUCUAUCAGCAAUAGCCCUGCAACCAAAUGGUUAUCCACGAGCGCCAACUCACCUUCCUCAAAGCUGUUUGCCAACGAAAAGAAGUCUGUCUCUUUUGAAGAUGCUCACUUUGUCAACAUGGGCAGCGGCCCAAGUCCCGAACCCUCCAUGCACGGCUCGACUCCAAUGCAACAUAGCUCACUCAUACAGUUAGACGAUAACAAUUCGCUGCUAGAGGAUGACGAAUACAACGUUCGAUUCGAAAGUGACAAUAACAUCAAUCAGAUACAGAACCAUGUUUUCUCACCCGAUGGUGACAACGAAGUUGCUUAUCCUUACGAGUCUAUCUUUGACGGCUUUCGUGAACCUGAAUCCUUUCACUGGCAAUAAUGUUUUUAUUUUUUUCUUCUUUUUGCCAAAACUCCUUCUAUUAAAGAUGUCAUGAAUCGUUCUUCAUCAAUGAGUUGUAGUCUUUUUCUCUUUUCUUGUUUGUUGAUUGUCGACACGAACUGUUGUAACGUAGACGAUGACACAAUAAACAAUUUCUUGGUAUUCAGUCGACUUUCCUUUAGUUGGCUAAACACCGAAUCUUUUACUUCCAACACGAGUUCUCCAACCGCUGCUGCCCAUACAAAUUCUUUAUCACCUUGAUGUCUAGCCUCUUUACUUGCAAUUGCCUAUC